AUCCAGCUCAAGGACCCGUAUUUAAAGAUACAGGCGCUCCAACCGUCGUGGGCUGCCCGCGGCCUGUGGGGAGCUAGUUCCGAGUCCUGAAGUGAGCGCCGGAGCUGGAGAAGCAGGGAGUUGAGAACCGACUUCCACCAAAACCAGGGCAUUUAUGGAUUCAUUGUAAUUUUCCCAACUAUCCUGUGAGCUGUAUGUCUUUGGCUUUCAAGAUUCUCUUUCCACAAACCAUCCGUGCUCUCAGCCAAAAAGAACUGUGCCUAUUCCGAGGACAUCACUGGCCUGAUGUAAGACAAUUCAGCCAGUGGUCAGAAACAGAUCUGCUUCAUGGACAGCGCCUCUUCCUGAGAAGAAAGCCUGUUCUGACAUUCCAGGGAAGCCAUCUAAGAUCACGUGCCACCUACCUUGUUUUCUUGCCAGGGUUGCAUGUGGGACUCUGCAGUGGCCCCUGUGAGAUGGCUGAGCAACGGUUCUGUGUGGACUAUGCCAAGCGUGGCACAGCUGGCUGCAAAAAAUGCAAGGAAAAGAUUGUGAAGGGCGUAUGCCGAAUUGGCAAAGUGGUACCAAAUCCCUUCUCAGAGUCUGGGGGUGAUAUGAAAGAGUGGUACCACAUUAAAUGCAUGUUUGAGAAACUAGAGCGGGCCCGGGCCACCACAAAAAAAAUCGAGGACCUCACAGAGCUGGAAGGCUGGGAGGAGCUGGAAGAUAAUGAGAAGGAACAGAUAACCCAGCACAUUGCAGAUCUGUCUUCUAAGGCAGCAAGUACACCAAAGAAGAAAGCUGUUGUCCAGGCUAAGUUGACAACCACUGGCCAAGUGACAUCUCCAGUGAAAGGCAGCUCAUUUGUCACCAGUACUAAUCCCCGGAAAUUUUCUGGCUUUUCAGCAGCCAAGCCCAACACCUCUGGGGAAGCCCCCUCAAGCCCCACCCGUAAGACAAGUCUGUCUUCAAGCAAAUGUGACCCCAGGCAUAAGGACUGUCUGCUACGGGAGUUUCGAAAGUUGUGCGCCAUGGUAGCUGAUAAUUCGAGCUACAACACGAAGACCCAGAUCAUCCAGGACUUCCUGCGGAAAGGCUCAGCAGGAGAUGGUUUCCACGGUGAUGUGUACCUAACAGUGAAGCUGCUGCUGCCAGGAGUCAUUAAGAGUGUUUAUAACUUGAAUGAUAAGCAGAUUGUGAAGCUUUUCAGUCGCAUUUUUAACUGCAACCCAGAUGAGAUGGCACGGGACCUAGAGCAGGGUGACGUGUCAGAGACAAUCAGAGUCUUCUUUGAGCAGAGCAAGUCUUUUCCCCCAGCUGCCAAGAGCCUCCUUACCAUCCAGGAAGUGGAUGAGUUCCUUCGGCGGCUGUCCAAGCUCACCAAGGAGGAUGAGCAGCAACAGGCCCUGCAGGACAUUGCCUCCAGGUGUACAGCCAAUGACCUUAAAUGCAUCAUCAGGUUGAUCAAACAUGAUCUGAAGAUGAACUCGGGUGCAAAACAUGUGUUAGACGCCCUUGACCCCAAUGCCUAUGAAGCCUUCAAAGCCUCGCGCAACCUGCAGGACGUGGUGGAGCGGGUCCUUCGCAAUGAGCAGGAGGUGGAGAAGAAGCCAGGCCAGAGACGAGCUCUGAGCGUCCAGGCCUCACUGAUGACACCUGUGCAGCCCAUGCUGGCGGAGGCCUGCAAGUCCAUUGAGUAUGCAAUGAAGAAGUGUCCCAAUGGCAUGUUCUCUGAGAUCAAGUAUGAUGGAGAGCGAGUCCAAGUGCAUAAGAAUGGGGACCACUUCAGCUACUUCAGCCGCAGUCUCAAGCCCGUCCUGCCUCACAAGGUGGUCCACUUUAAGGACUACAUCCCCCAGGCUUUUCCUGGGGGCCAAAGCAUGAUCUUGGACUCUGAGGUGCUUCUGAUUGACAACAAGACAGGGAAACCACUGCCCUUUGGGACCCUGGGAGUGCACAAGAAAGCGGCCUUCCAGGAUGCCAAUGUCUGCCUGUUUGUUUUUGAUUGUAUCUACUUUAAUGAUGUCAGCUUGAUGGACAGGCCUCUGUGUGAGCGGCGGAAGUUUCUUCAUGAGAACAUGGUUGAAAUUCCAAACCGGAUCAUGUUCUCAGAAAUGAAACGAGUCACAAAAGCUUCGGAUUUGGCUGACAUGAUAACCCGGGUGAUCCGGGAGGGAUUGGAGGGGCUGGUGCUGAAGGAUGUGAAGGGUACAUAUGAGCCUGGGAAGCGGCAUUGGCUGAAAGUGAAGAAAGACUAUUUGAAUGAGGGGGCCAUGGCUGACACAGCUGACCUGGUGGUCCUUGGGGCCUUCUAUGGGCAAGGGAGCAAAGGCGGCAUGAUGUCAAUCUUCCUCAUGGGCUGCUACGACCCUGGCAGCCAGAAGUGGUGCACAGUCACCAAGUGUGCAGGAGGCCAUGACGAUGCCACACUUGCCCGCCUUCAGAAGGAACUAGACAUGGUGAAGAUCAGCAAGGAUCCCAGCAAAAUACCCAGCUGGCUGAAGAUCAACAAGAUCUACUAUCCUGACUUCAUCGUCCCAGACCCAAAGAAAGCUGCCGUGUGGGAGAUCACAGGGGCUGAAUUCUCCAAAUCGGAGGCUCACACAGCUGAUGGGAUCUCCAUCCGAUUCCCUCGCUGCACCCGAAUCCGAGAUGAUAAGGACUGGAAAUCUGCCACUAACCUUCGUCAACUCAAGGAACUGUACCAGCUGUCCAAGGAGAAAGCAGACUUCACUGUAAUGGCUGGAGAUGAAGGGAGCUCCACUACAGGGGGUAGCAGUGAAGAGAAUAAGGGUCCCUCGGGGUCUUCUGUGUCCCACAAGGCUCCCAGCGCCUCCCCCAGCAAGCCUUAUGCCAGUACCAAGAAAGCAGAAGGGAAACUGAGUAACUCGAACAGCAAAGGCGGCAACAUGCUGACUGCAAAGCCUUCCCCUGUGACAGUGGGAGAGAAGCUGGCCAUGAAGUCUUCUCCAGUGAAAGUGGGGGAGAAGCGGAAAGCUGCUGAUGAGACCCUGUGCCAAACAAAGGUGCUACUGGACAUCUUCACUGGGGUGCGGCUGUACUUGCCGCCCUCCACACCAGACUUCAGCCGUCUCAGACGCUACUUUGUGGCAUUCGACGGGGACCUGGUACAGGAAUUUGAUAUGGCCUCAGCCACGCAUGUGCUGUGUAGCAGGGACAACAACCCUUCAGCCCAGCAGGUCUCCCCAGAGUGGAUUUGGGCAUGUAUCCGGAAACGGAGACUGGUAGCUCCCUGCUAGGUUUGCUGUCUUCCCUCUCUCUUCAGGCCGUACUCUCCUUUACCAUACUACUGGACUGGGCGCAGGCUGGAGGCAGGUAGACACAGGAUAGGGGGAAUGGGCUUGCUUCUCCCAACCCACCAGUUCUCCACAGUCUCUUCUGGACCAGGAAUUAGUUGCUGUGGGUGCCACAACUGAAGUCAGUUUCUCUUGCUGGUUUAAAUAGAUCCUUCUGGUCUGGGUGCUGGUUUUGCCAUCUUUUUGUUUUCUUUGAAAAGCAGCUUAAUUACCUUUUUUAUAAAUAAAAUAUCUUGCAGUUA